AUUCAGUUCAGAACGUUCAGAAGUUCUUAUCUCAAGUUAAAAGAAUGGAUUACGAAGAAAUACCUUUAAAUCUGUUUGAUCUGCCAAUGGAAGAUAUUUUAGUGACACACGUUGGAAAGUAUUUAUCAGAACGAGAUUUGUUUACAUUGAGAUGUUGUUCACAUGCCUGCAAAAAGCUGGUUGAUCUAAUAUUUGCAAGGGAGACUGGCAUGUUCUACGAGGAUUCGGAUUAUUUAAAAAACAGAGAAAAUCCUAAAAAAUUAAUUCCAGGAUCAAAGGAAGCGGAAUUACUUAAUAAAAAAAUAAACUGCAAAAUCCUUCACUUUCGUGUUCAAGCUCAAACUUUUCGUCUUCUCCGUCAAUUGAGCUUGGAAUAUUUGUCAUGGCUCACGGAUGAUCUACUUUCAGAACUUCUAUGGAAUAAUCCCCUUCUUGAAGAUGUAGAAAUCGUAAGCUGUGAUCAAGUAACAGAAAAAGGCAUAUUUCCACUUGCUGUAAAUUGCAAGUACCUGAAAAUGCUUGAUCUGUAUGAAAUGCCUGUCAAUGAUUGUUUUAUCAAAGCACUUGCUGAACAAGAAAAUCAAUUAAGCCUAAUAAAUUUGAACUUCAAUCCCAUCUCCGUAUCAGAACAAUAUCUAAAUGCUUUCUUUGAGAAGCAACCCUCUUUGACCAUGAUCUUUAUCGCAGAUAUUAAAACCAAUGUGCGAUCAGUUCUCUUCAGUAUCGUUAAAUCUUGCAAGAAUCUGACUUUUUUAAACAUUACGGAUUGUUUUGAUGUCGAUGAUGAAGCCGUAUUGAGUAUCGUAAACGGUUGUCCCAAGAUUGAAUGCAUCAUAUUCAAUAAAUAUGACGAGCCCAAUUGGAAGCAAUCUUUCCCGCUGAUAUCUCAAAAUACGUGGGAUCUUUUGGAAUGUAAGAAUAUUGACACAAGAUAAGAGUAUGUGUUCUAAACUUGAAUUACCGAGAAUUCUCAAAAAAUAUAACUUAAUGCGAAUUAAAAAAAACAACUAUUAAAAUGUGAUUUAUAACUGAAUUAUGAGAAAUAAAAUAAGUGAAUUUUUUAAACUGCAUAUACAC